AUGAGUCCAUCAACAAGCUUAAAGGUGCGUUUGCCAGCCUUUGUGUUUGUGCUGGAGGCUGUGAUGAUUGCCCUGUAUGCUGUCUUUGUCACAUAUGAUGAUGAUUCCAACACCAAACUGCAGAACAACGCGACCAACCCCAUGGAAAACUCCAUGUACCGGGACUACCAGUACUUUGCAGAUGUGCAGGUGAUGAUCUUCCUGGGCUUUGGCUGUCUCCUGGCCUUCUUCCGCUUCUACGGCUUCAGCGGGAUGGUGUUCAACUUCCUGACAGCCACCUUUGCCAUCCAGUGGGCCAUCCUGAUUCAAGGUUUCUUCCAGUUUUACCAUGACGGUAAAAUCCACCUGGGCAUAAUCAACCUGCUGAAUGCAGAGUUUGCCUGCGCUGUGGUGCUCAUCUCCUUCGGCGCCGUGCUUGGGAAAACCGGUCCUGUUCAGCUUCUUGUCAUGGCUCUUCUGGAAAUUCCUGUUUUCGCCGUCACGGAGUGGGCUGUGCUCAAAUACAUUGGGAUAAACGACGCAGGGGGCAGUAUUCUCAUUCACCUGUUUGCCUGCUACUUUGGGUUGGGUGUAACUUUUGUGCUGUAUCGCCCAAGUUUGAGCAAAGGACACCCUAAAGAAACCACCAGCUAUGAAUCCGACAUGCUGUCUGUGAUGGGGACCCUUUUUCUUUGGGUGUUUUGGCCUUCAUUCAACUCUGCUCUCACAAUCAAAGGCGACGAUCAACACAGAGCUGUGCUCCACACGUUUUUAGGCCUGAGCUCGUCCACCAUCACCGCCUUCGCCCUCUCUGCCAUGUUCAAUAAAAGAGGCAGGCUGACGAUGGCGGAUGUCCAAAACGUGACGCUGGCGGGUGGAGUAACCGUUGGGGCUUCAGUGGACAUGAUGAUCUCUCCAGUAGCUGCCUACGCUCUGGGCAUCAUGGGCUGCACUGCCUGCUUCUUUGGCUACAAGUACCUGACUCCCUUCUUGGCUAAGAGCCUGAGGAUCCAGGACCAGUGUGGCAUUCACAACCUCCACGGACUCACCGGGCUUAUAUCGUCCACUGCAGGGAUCUGCGCCAUCCUCCUGGCCACCGAAGAGACCUACGGACCCAGCAUGUAUGAGAUCUUCUCCCAUCGCGCUCCCCCAGAGGGAGACCCAAAGCUGCUCGAGCUGCAGGUGCUAAUUCCCGGGCUGAAGCCGGGUCUGGGCCGCACCGCUUGGGAGCAAGCGCUCUAUCAGGUUGCAGCCAUCUUCUCCACCAUUUUCGCUGCUACUGUCGGCGGGCUACUGACCGGGCUGAUCAUGAAGCUGCCAUUCAUGGAGUCGCCAUCUGAUGAGAGCUGCUUUGAUGAUCAGCUCUUCUUUGACGUGCCUUCAGACUUCCACAGUCUGGAGGUCCUGGAGACGGUGGAAGUCAUGGAUGGGUCAUUAUAA